UUUGGCUUCGAAGACUCACAUCCUGUGGCAACACCGGUGAAUCAUCAGCAAGUGUUGGAGGCAGCAGAGGAGGCAUCGAACGCGAAGUUCCCGUAUCGACAAGUGGUUGGAUCUCUGAUUUAUCUGGCAAUUGAGACUCGACCAGAUAUCAGUUUUGCUGUUGGUUACGUCAGCCGAUUCAUGGAACAACCCACAAAUGCUCAUGUGACAGCAGUGAAAGGAACCAGCAACUAUGGUAUAUUGUUUUCAAGUGAAAAUGCUAACAAUUCGAAGUUUUCCAUUUACAGUGAUGCCGAUUACGCUGGUUGUACCGAAACACGAAGGUCAACCACAGGUUCUGUCUAUUACUUGGAAAAGGGAUA